UUUAUCUUACAAAAAAUUCAACAUGGGAUGUGAUGGUGGAACUAUACCAAGACGUGACGAAUUAGUGCGCCUGAAGAAAAAACCCGAACAGAAAGAUAAAGAUUCCGAACGUGAAUUCCGCUGGCGACAUUGUGCCAUAACCCAGCAACGUCUACAGGAACCAAUUGUGAUGUGUGGCCUCGGCCGGCUGUAUUCCAAACAAAAUGUUAUCGAACGAUUACUGGAAAAAGAAACCAUGCCUGAUGUGGCGAAACAUAUUAAAAAUCUCAAAGAUAUCAAGCAACUGAAUUUGACACCCAACCCAGCAUAUACUGAAACGGAGAAAACCGAAGGACUCUUGGACACAAGUCAUGCUCCCUAUAUUUGCAAAUUAACCGGUCUGGAAAUGUCGGGUAAAUUUCGGUUUGUUGGUAUGUGGUCUUGUGGUUGUGUCAUGUCAGAGAGGGCACUUAAAGAAAUCAAGGGCAGUUCAGCGGGAGCAUGCCCCGUUUGUCAGCAACCAUUUGGUGUAGAGGAUGUCAUCGUAUUGAAUGGCAAUGAUGAUGAUAUGGAAUUAAUGCAGGCUAAAAUCGAAAUGCGUUUGGCCAAAAAGAAGGCCAGUAAGAAGGAGAAAAAGGAAAAUAAGGAGAAGGUAACGGGUACGGAAACUGCGGCAGUUAAAGAGGAGAAUAAGGAUGAUGUGCCAUCGACCAGUAAAACAGCAAGUAGUACAAAUGGCACAAAUGGAGUUAAGGCGGCUACAAAUGGCGUAAAAUCCAAAUUGGUGGCAAAUCCCAAACGUCUGGGUGCCGCUUCCGAGGCAAUGCAGGAUCCUGAAUUGAAACGUUUAAAAACGGAUUAUAGUGUGGCCAAAGAUCCCAAGGCCAGUGAUGUUUUCAAGUCAUUGUUUACAUCGCACAAAAGCGAAAAGGAACAAAAUCGUGCCCAUUGGGUUACAUAUAAUCCGUUCUAUAACUAGCAUUAGCUUUAAUGU